AUGGACGCGACGGCGCCUGCGCCGGGGCCCGCCCUUGGAAACGCGGCGGACGCCGCCGAGGCCGCCUUGGUGACGCCUCCGGGCAAGCCUGACGCCCCGGCCGGGACCAUGAAACUCACCCGCAAGGCCGUGCUGUCCCGGGCCAAGGCCACCGAGCUGGGCAGCGUACGCAAGCUGAAUUGCUGGGGUAGCCACCUCACAGAUAUUUCAAUCUGCCGUGAGCUUCCCAACAUUGAGGUGAUCACUUUCAGUGUGAAUUACAUCUCUGACCUGGCACCAAUGAGCCAGUGCCAGCACUUGACUGAGCUGUAUCUAAGGAAGAAUCGGAUUGCAAGCCUCACUGAGCUGUUCCACCUGAAAAAACUGCCCCAUUUGAGAAUCUUCUGGCUGUCUGAAAACCCGUGCUGUGGCCCAGACCCUCAUCGCUAUCGAAUGACAGUGCUGCGGAACCUCCCCAGCCUCCAGAAGCUUGACAAUCAGUUGGUGACAGAGGAAGAACUGUCCCGUGCACUUCUGGAAGGGGAAGAGAUAACAGCACCUGCAGCCAAAUUUGACCUGGAUAACGGCUGCCAAAAUGUCACCUCGGAGUCCAGUGCAACAGACUUCACAGCGGAGAGUGAAAAUGAACUCAUGAGCUUCAGCUUGGAGGAGACAAACAAAAUCCGUCAGCAGCUUGGUAUGAAGCCUGUUCCCAGAGAUAAAUUUUCCUCCUUCUUACCAAGGGAAGUGGAUGGGAACCGAAAGAAUCGGAACAACAUCCUGAACGCCAUCCUGCUGCUUUUGGAGGAGCUGGACUCGGAGGGGCUAGAAGUCGUCCAUCAGACAUCUGGGAACAAACUCCAGGCCUUGCAGAGAAAGGAACUCCACGAGGAGCGAUAGCAAACCCCAGGC